CGGUCGCGGUGGCUUCGCCUCGUCUGCUUCGUACGCCAUGAGCUAGUUUUGACGUCAACAGCGAUCUCUCAUCAGAGUCAACACUGUGAGUACUUCGACGAGCCGAUUCUUGCGUCUCUCGCACGCGCACCAAGUCGCCCUGUCCGACUCGCCAGUGCUGGGGCUGUCGCGACCCGCGUCAUACCUACGUACCUCGUAGGCUAGCUUCAACCCUCUCGCUCGCGGCCACCUCCAACGGCUCUCCUUUUGCCAGCCACGACACCAGCCGGAGCUCGCCCAUCCAUCACAGCCCGUCCCGCGAUGGGCGUUUUGAGCAGCCGCGAUGCAACAACGUCGAGAUGAAAUCCUUGCAAAGAAGGCGAAGCUCGCAGAACUCAAACGCCAGAGGGAGUUGCGACAGAGCCAGUCGGCAGCUGGACGCCAGAGCAUAGGCGGGCACAGCGAUCUUAUAUCGCCGACACCCGGGCGAGCCGAUAAUCGUCGCGAAAUCGAGUCUCUAAUCAACAGCCUUGUUGGAGACAGCCGGCCCGGGUCGACCACAACAGGUGGUGCGGCGUCCCCAGCCGCCCGAGGAAGCAGACCCAAUAGCGUCCUCAGCGCCGGCGAAAUAAGCAACGGGACGUCCGACUUCACGGGGACACAGAAUGGACAGGCCGCAUCCGCCGCGGCCUCUGCCGCGCCGCCUCCUCAAAUCACCCUUAGCACCGUGCCUCUGACGACCGUCUAUGCAUGCCCGCCAUCGCCCGUCAAGGAAGUCUUCUCCUACAGCAAGGGUGUUCAGACGACAGAUGACUGGUCGUCAACCCCUACAAGGCCACGGGCGCAGUCGAUUGCUUCGGAUGGAGACGAUUACACUGGCACGGCCUCGACUCCAAACAAGAAGCUCAGCCGCAGGGAGCGGGACCGGGAGGAAGAGCUACGGCAAAAGAUCCGAGAAGAGGUUGAGCAGGAACUGAGGGCUACAAAGGAGCUCCUCGUCGAUGGCUCGGCUCCCGCCCACUCGUCUAGCUCAACAAACUGGCUCUCCAGGGACCUUACCACCGAGGAGCUUGAGGCGGUCACUCGCUCUGAAGAGUUCGUCGACUUUCUGGAGCAAUCUACCAAGGUCAUCGAGAGGGCCAUCGACCAGGAAACUUAUGAUAUCCUCACCGACUAUGCCCUGCAUGGAAAGGAUCUCGACGACGAAGACGAAGAGAGCGGUAACACAGGCGGCCGAGGCGCUCACCGCAUAAAGGAGGUCGCACAGUUCUUUGACGAGCGCUGGUCCAAGAAGCGCAUGAUCAGCAGCAUCGAGUUCUCGCCCAAGUUUAGCGAGCUGCUGCUUGCUUCGUACACCAAGAACCCCACCGCGCCGCAUGAGCCCGAUGGCCUUGUGCAGAUCUGGAAUACACACAUGCACGACCGCCCAGAAUACGUCUUCACCGCCCAAUCGGACAUUCUUACCGCCAAGUUCUCCCCGUAUCACCCAAACCUCAUCAUCGGCGGUUCCUAUAGCGGCCAGGUCCUGUUGUGGGACACCAGGGCCAAGGCGGCGCCGGUGCAGAAGACGCCCCUUACAGGCUACGGCCACGCGCACCCGAUAUACUCUGUUGACAUUGUCGGAACCCAGAACGCGAAUAACAUUAUAUCUUGCUCCACUGACGGUGUAGUCUGCGGCUGGAGCAUGGAUGUGUUUGCGCAGCCCCAGGAGCUCCUCGAAUUGAAGAAUCCAAGCCAGGCCAAGGUGGCUGUCGAGGACGUCAGCCCGACUUGUCUGUCAUUCCCCCAAACCGAUCCAACCUUCUUCCUCGUGGGUAGUGAAGAAGGCACCAUCUUUCCAUGCCACAGAUACGACCGCGCAGGGGCAAAGGCAGGCGUUGACAAGAAGAUCAGCUACAGGGGCCACACAGCCCCUGUCAUGUCGGUCGACUUUCACCCAGCGAGAGGUCCCGUGGAUCUUGGGGACUUGGUCAUCUCGUCGUCUCUGGACUGGAGCGUCAAGCUAUGGAAGGUACGCGCACCGGCCGCAACGUCGACCAUCGGGGCGGCCGACGGCAGCAUCGCGCCGCUCAUCGACUUUGUGCGCGAGGAUGUCGUCUACGACGCCAAGUGGUCCCCGGUCAAGCCGAGCGUGUUCGCGCUCGUUGACGGCGCGGGCUGGCUGGAGCUGUGGGACAUCGCUGUGGAGACGGAGGAGCCCGUGUCGCGCAUCUCGCCGAGCGCGCGGCAGGAGGGGCGGACGAUGCUGUCCAAGAGCCUCAACAAGCUGGCAUGGGAGCCCAACGACGGGAAGCGGCUCGCGGCGGGCGGCAUCGACGGCUCGCUGACGGUGUUUGAGGUGAGCGGCGGGCUGGGCGGCAAGGAAGGGCUCAAGAACGAGGAAUGGACCAACGUCAAGAAGCUGGUGAACCGGAUGGAAGCUGUCGGCCUUAACGGGGCAAUGGCUGUCUAGCCUGCUUUUGUGCUCUUGGGCCCCGGAGGACGCGACGGAGGCAUAUUGCACUUUGUUGGUAGUUGUUGUGUACUACAUAUACCCCUUUGGCAGACGAGUCGCGGUGGUGUAUGAAGCUGACAGUGAUCAGACCGCCACUCCGUAUAAACACCAGGUACGAAGUAGUAGAACCGAUGCAAUCCUCUACCGAGACAUUCUAGGUCUAACGUCGUCUUGUUCCCUGUCUUGACGAGCUCAUCGACACCCAUCUAUGGUGACCUUUUUGGUUUGCGCCGAGGUUGGUCACGUGCUCGCAACACACGCACAUCCUCUGUUCCUCCACCAAAAAAAAAAAGGAUCUUCCUCGACUCCAUGACCCGAACCUGAGACGCGCGACCACCGCAACCGGGUCGUAUUUGCACACCAUCGGGCGCGCUCGCCACGAAGGAACGGUCGCGCGGCCAUGAUUCGUAGCCGUUGCGGAGCGUUGCGCGCGUCAAGCUCGCUCCGCGGAUAACUCAACAAGACAGUAGAGGUGGAAGACAAUGCUUCGCUUGCUGAAUCGGCAGGGUGGUGUCGCCGGUUUUUUUUAGUACGUAGUCUCAAUGGUACGCAAGGGACAGCACAUCCCGUUCGACUUCUUCAGAGCUUGUGACUCAGUUGGAGUCAGUCCCGGUGGCGAACAGUGACCCUGCCCGAAUGUAAUAGCCAGGAAUGGGUCAAUUACGCCUCAAGGGCACUUUGCCACGCCCAAAUUACUUGACGGCGGAACAAUGUAGCACUGCACUGAACGAGAUGCUCGACGUAACAAUGGAGGCUGAGGAUGACGGCUUAGCAUAUUGAGACUUUAAUCUUUCAUAACACGCUACGAAUCCUGCCACUACGAAUCCUGC